AGCCUACAAUAUAUUAUAGUUUUAAUUCUCUAUUUGAAAUGGAAAAACUAUCUAAAUAGAGGCCUAAGACUCACGGAUAAAGAUCUUAACAUGAAUUUGAAGAAGAAAUAGACAACAAUUAGGAUAUCGAGUGCCUCUAUAAAUGGUUAAAGUAAGGAGAUUUUAAACAAGAAAUCACAACUGAGCUUAUCUGAAAAUCGAUAUAAGAAUUUGAAUACGCG